AAGAGAAACGGCACUCUUACUGAAAAUAUUUUACAAAUUUUAGAUUAUACACAAAUUUUGAAAAAUAUUUUCCUGCACCUACACUUAACAUUGCUGGGUUGUGUGUUAACAUUGCUGGAAAUCCCUUUAAGUGCAUGUACAUCAGCAAUUUAAAAUAUUAUAGAAGAGUUAAAAAUGACAGAGAAUUGCAAUUAAAAUAUUCAACAACAGAUAUAACAACCUUUUGAUCAUCUCUCAAGGGUAAAUUUCCAAAUAUUACCAAUAAAGAAAUAGAAAUACUUCUUCCAUUCUUGACAUUACUUGUGUGAAGCAAGCUUUUCUGCAAUGAAUAAUAUUAAAAACAAAAAUCAAUCACAGCCAGAAUCCUUGGAAGAUUUAAGAGUAUGUUUGUCCAAAAUUCGACCUUGCAAAGAAGACAGGCUAAAAAACUAUCAAGCUCAUUAAAUGUUAAAUUAUAAUAAACGGAAAAAUAAAUAUAAAUACGUUUUUAAAGUAUUUUAAUUAUCUUAUUACAAAUUAUAAUAAAUUGGCUUUUUUUGGCCGUGAUGGUGCAUUUUGUGCCAAUAAAUCAAAAAAGAUACUUUUUACUUUUUAAAUUUUGAUCUAUGUAACAAGUGUGCCGUGAGAUUAAAAAAGGUUGAAAAACACGCGGUCUAAAUUUAUUGCAGCCUCUAAGCCCAUUUUUCCUCUAACUAGAAUGUCUCUCCCACCUUCACAGGCUGGGCCAGCUCUCAAACCUGGCCUCCAAAGAGCCCUUCCCUUGUUCCCUCUGCCUCCCCCAUUAUUUUAUCAAAUUAAGCUCCAAAUUCCCUCUCUCCUUCCCUCCCUUUCUUUCUUUCCUUUUUUUUGAGACAGAGUCUCACUCUGUCGCCCUGGGUGGAGCCAGAUUCUCUCCGUUCCAAUUGAGUUAUCUCCUCCUCUAUCUAGACUGUGAGCUUCUUGAGGACAGGACCCGGGCUUAUUCUGCUUCUAGGGGUAUCGCUGCAGCCUAGACCUAUGCUCGGCACAGACUAAGGCAGUGACCUCCAGGCUGGUAACUCAUCCAAAAGUCCACGUUUGAGCUUUGAAGCCGAUGGAGCAUUCACGGUGAUGGCGUUAGUCCUCCCAGAACAGACCCCUUUUCCUGGUGUCAAGGCCGUGUGGUUUUGCCAUGUUCCGUUCAGGAGUAUCAGGUUGGGCAGCUUUACACUGUUGCAGAAGCUAGUAAGAAUGAGACUGGUGGUGGAGAAGGAAUUGAAGUGUUAAAGAAUGAACCUUAUGAGAAGGAUGGAGAAAAGGGACAGUAUACACACAAAAUUUAUCACCUAAAGAGCAAAGUUCCUGCAUUCGUGAGGAUGAUUGCUCCUGAGGGCUCCUUGGUGUUUCAUGAGAAAGCCUGGAAUGCAUACCCCUACUGUAGAACAAGUAAGCUUGGUCUCCAGCAGCCAUUUCACCCCUCCACCUUGAGGAUGAGGAGAGGGACUCCUGGUGCUGACACCUUUGAAAAGGGUUACAAUGGGCAAGGUCUUCUGUAGGUUCUCGGAUAGUUAUUGCCUGAGUGAUAGCAGAGGAGAGGCUGCUUUGGGUUCUUUCCCUCACUCAUUUACAGAGGGUAUAAGUUCAUUCAUUCCCAGAUGACAAUCACAUUGGGGUCCCUGCUUGACUGUCCUGGGUCCAGGGGUGAGCAAAUGAAAGGAAUCCUGAAAUCUUAAGGAAAGGUCAUCCACUCUGAAGUAUCUUUUGGCAAUACUUUGAUUGCCACCUAAUAGAGGAGAAAUAUACAGACUUCUGAAACAGUUUCUCAUCAUUUCCUAAAUUAACCUAUUGUUUUCCUUUUGUGACAUUAUUCUUUUCAACAUUAUUUUGAAAUUACAUUAUUUUCAUACUAUAUGUACUCAUAAUCUAAAGUAUCCUAUAGUGUUAUUAUAUAGAAAGUGUUUUACAGAUUUAAGCUACUACAUGUUCUCUGUUUUCAGGUAGUUUAGUCUCUGUGAUGUUAUAUAUUGGGAUAGAUUGUUAUGACUCCAAUUAAUAUUCUGAAAUUUUCCCCCUUUUAUUGCCUGCCUCUCCAUUAUGCCUCAGUUGUAACGAAUGAAUAUAUGAAAGAUGAUUUCUUCAUUAAAAUUGAAACGUGGCACAAACCAGACUUGGGAACAUUAGAAAAUGUACAUGGUUUAGAUCCAAACAUAUGGAAAACUGUUGAAAUUGUCCACAUAGAUAUUGCAGAUCGAAGUCAAGUUGAACCAGCAGACUACAAAGCUGAUGAAGACCCGGCGUUAUUCCAGUCAGUCAAGACCAAGAGAGGCCCUUUGGGACCCAACUGGAAGAAGGAGCUGGCAAACAGCCCUGACUGUCCUCAGAUGUGUGCCUAUAAGCUGGUGACCAUCAAAUUCAAGUGGUGGGGACUGCAGAGCAAAGUAGAAAACUUCAUUCAGAAGCAGGAAAAAAGGAUAUUUACAAACUUCCAUCGCCAGCUUUUUUGUUGGAUUGACAAGUGGAUCGAUCUGACAAUGGAAGACAUUAGGAGGAUGGAAGAUGAGACUCAGAAAGAAUUAGAAACAUUACGUAAUCAAGGUCAAGUGAGGGGAACAAGUGCAGCCAGUGAUGAGUGAAGAAGAAUCUGACCAGUAUCUCACAGUGUUGACGUUUCCCAGACGUUUGCUUGUGAUGACAUAUACACAUGCAUAGGUUCCCAACCAUGUGUGUGUCUAUCUGUGUGUGUGUAUGUCUGUAGCUGUAUGUAAAACGCAUGUAGAGCUACAGAUCCAGAUACACAUACUUGUGUAUAUAUGUACAUACAAACAUACUGAAGGGAUUAGUACAAUUUCUCCAAAGUACUGUACCUAUCUUCAGCAAGAAUGCAAAAGAAAAUAUUUUCAAUAUAUAUACCUGGAACAGAUUUUAAUAAGUAUCAAGAGUAAUACCAUUAAUGGACAAAUUUGACUGCAUUGUAAUACUAGCUGGUAUGUUUCAUAAGUGUCAAGCUGUGGACCAAUACAUAUAGCCUUUUUUAUUUUUCUGUUCUUUUAAAUCAGUCUCUUAUAAAUUUAUAUUUUAGUCCCAUAAGCAGCAGACUCCCAUAAAAAAAUUUCUUCAAAAUCUUUUGGUAUUCCAAAGAAUUUGGAAUAUAAACUCAAUAUAUUUAUAACUAUUUAUUUCUGGAUGGUUAUUAUCUUGUAGCCAAAUUUGACAAUGUCUAUUAGUAAAGAGUAACGUUAGAAGCCAGUUUUUACUGGCUGAGGGAAAAAAUCCUUUUAAAAAAAAUUUCUGGUUUUUAUUGGAUUUUUGUAUUUUAAAUUUCAAAUAUUUUUCUAUAUCAAACCGAGCAAAAAUGGAGAUGGUGGUUCGUGAUUUAUAAUAAACACUUUUCAGGUUCCUGUUAGAAGAAAUUAAGAAGUUAGUCUUAAUAAUAUAGGCUAUGUAGAAAAUUGAAAGUAUGGCACUUCCUUGGAGUCUUGUUUUAGAAAUGACUUUCCUGGAUUAACAGCUUGGAAACUAUGCAAAUUGUCUGGGUUCCUUUCAGCUCACACGAUAAAUUGUGGAUAGUGACAAUGUUUUGCUCUUUCCUGUUGAAAUAUACUUCAAGGGGGAGAUGCUGCCUUUGAGACAGAAGUUUAAGACACAGUGUGAGUCUUGCCUGCACACAAUUAGGAGGCCCUGCCAAGGGGCCUGGCAGACCUCAGACUCUGGAACGUGCUCCCAAGUAGAACAUCAUCAGCACAUGUUCUGAAUGGGUAUCAUGAGGAUGCUGGUUAGAUGUCGCUGCCACCUUUUUCUUUUUUUCUUUUUUUUUAAAGGAACAAUAGCUAGGUAAGAUUUUUGUAAGCUUUCUCUGAGUUCCAGUUUUUCUCCUAUCAGUCCUGGAAGCUUGAAUGGAAUAAUAUUCUCAAAGCCUUCAGGUCACAAACUGUCUUUUUGAACCUCCUGUUCCUCUUAAAAACACCCCAAUGCCUGCAGUCAAAUCACAUUAGUGAUCUUAUUUGCUGACAGUCCCGCCCUCCGUUCCUCUCGUUUUCCCACAUGUCCUGUGUCCCCACUGGAGUGACUGCAGCGAAUCAGACGUGGAAGGAUGUUAGGAUCACUACUGCGUUGCCAUACCCUGUUAUCCUCAGCAGCAAACCCCACAUUUCAUACAUCCUUUGUGUACUCAGGAUAAAGACUGAUGUUUACUGCACUGUUGUAAGAUAGGUUUUGUCAGAGCAUAAUCAUUGUCUGCGAAGUGUUUGGUGUGAGGGAGAUUAUUGCUAAUUUUGUGAAAUAAAGAGUCUAGCCCUCUGUUUUUAAUGAACUUAACUCUCACUGGCAUCUGUAGUUAUCAUUGGGAGCUUGGGCACACAUGGAAAUGAGAGCCCUGCGCAUGGAUUUUAAUGUUUUUCUAACAACUGUGGAGAUUUGAGGGAAUGUGUGGUGAAUGUAAAAUACCUAGUUUACUCGGCAGUCUCUUGUGUAAAUUACAGUAAAACAAAGUAAAUGAAAUUUAAACAAAAAAUAAAUUUGAUCACAAAAUGCCA